AUACGUUUUAUUUCAGUAAACCGGUUUUUCCCGGUUUAGCAACAAGAUAAGAUCAAUAAUCUCGGUUUUAAAUAAAAGAGAGUGAGUGGACUCAGAGAGACAUAUCAGAUAAAAUGGCGACGAGACCGGCGAUGGAGAAACCAAAGAUCGUGUGGAACGAAGGAAGACAUAGAUUCGAGACUGAGGAUCACGAAGCCUUCAUAGAGUACAAGAUGACGAACGAUGGUAAAGUCAUGGAUCUGGUUCGAACCUUCGUACCGCCGUCAAAAGCAGGACUUGGUUUAGCUUCGCAUCUCUGCGUCGCCGCCUUCGAACACGCCUCCGAACACUCUUUUUCCAUCAUCCCCACUUGCUCCUACGUCUCCGAAACGUUUAUUCCUCGAUACCCAUCGUGGGAGCAUCUGGUUCACUCAGAGGAUGAUUCCAAGAACCUCAAGUCUAGCAUCUGAUCAAGUCCUGCUUCAAAGCCUUUGGUGUAUAAUAAAAUUUGAAAACAUUA